UUGAUCGAGCGCUCCUUUUCUGCCUUUUCACUCUUGCAAAAGAUUAAAAGGUGGCGUCACAUCGCUCCCCUGCUCCUUCUUGCAGGAGGGACUUAAAAGGGACAACAAAAGCUAAUCACUUUCAAUAAGCAUUUUCUUGCAAAAAAGGGACUUAGCUGUGCAAUUUGAGGCUGUUGGUGAGGACUGGGAAGGCUAGAGAUGCUUCAUACUGCUAACAAGGGAAGGAAGCCUUCAACUGAGGCAGAUUUUCACACACACCUUUCUGAGACAUUGAAAGACAGACAGACAGGCUGGCAGCAGCUGGCUGAGACAAAGAACUCUCUAAUACGUCGUCCCAUUCCACCUACAUCCUCGUCUAGCCUUCUCCCAUCUGCUCAGCUGCCCAGUUCCCAUAAUCCUCCACCAGUUAGUUGCCAGAUGCCAUUGCUAGACAGCAAUACCUCCCAUCAAAUCAUGGACACCAACCCUGAUGAGGAAUUCUCUCCCAAUUCAUAUCUACUAAGAGCAUGUUCAGGGCCACAACAGGCUUCCAGCAGUGGCCCUUCAAAUCACCACAGCCAGUCAACACUGAGACCACCUCUCCCACCACCUCACAAUCAUACACUGUCUCAUCAUCAUUCCUCUGCCAACUCCCUCAAUAGGAACUCUCUCACAAAUCGGCGGAACCAGAUCCAUGCACCAGCUCCUGCACCAAAUGACUUGGCCACCACUCCUGAGUCUGUGCAACUUCAAGACAGCUGGGUACUCAAUAGCAAUGUUCCACUUGAGACAAGGCAUUUCUUGUUUAAGACAUCUUCUGGAACCACCCCUCUGUUCAGUAGCUCUUCCCCUGGAUACCCUUUGACCUCAGGAACAGUUUACACACCACCUCCCAGACUGUUGCCUCGAAAUACAUUCUCCAGAAAUGCGUUCAAGCUGAAAAAGCCCUCCAAGUAUUGUAGCUGGAAAUGUGCUGCUUUAUCAGCUAUUGCUGCUGCAGUUCUGCUUGCCAUCCUGCUGGCCUACUUCAUCGCAAUGCAUCUGCUCGGACUAAACUGGCAGUUACAGCCAGCAGACGGACACACUUUUAACAAUGGGAUAAGAACUGGAUUGCCAGGGACUGAUGAUGUGGCAACAAUGCCAUCUGGAGGAAAAGGACCAUGGGCCACUAGAAACAGCAGCAUAGAUAGCGGGGAGGCAGAGGUCGGACGCAGAGUUACCCAGGAAGUACCACCUGGAGUAUUCUGGCGAUCUCAAAUCCAUAUCAGCCAGCCGCAGUUCGUGAAGUUCAAUAUCUCCUUAGGAAAGGAUGCUCUUUUUGGUGUUUAUAUAAGAAGAGGACUUCCACCAUCACAUGCCCAGUAUGAUUUCAUGGAGCGUUUGGAUGGGAAAGAGAAAUGGAGUGUGGUGGAGUCCCCCCGGGAACGUCGAAGUAUCCAGACCCUGGUUCAGAAUGAAGCUGUGUUUGGUCAAUACUUGGAUGUGGGUUUGUGGCACCUGGCAUUUUACAAUGAUGGCAAGGACAAAGAAGUAGUCUCUUUCAAUACAGUUAUCUUAGAUUCAGUGCAGGAUUGUCCACGUAAUUGUCAUGGGAAUGGCGAGUGUGUAUCUGGAGUCUGUCACUGUUUUCCAGGAUUCCAUGGUGCUGAUUGUGCUAAAGCUGCCUGCCCAGUUCUGUGCAGUGGCAAUGGACAAUAUUCCAAAGGAACCUGUUUGUGCUACAGUGGUUGGAAAGGGCCAGAAUGUGAUGUACCCAUCAGCCAGUGUAUUGAUCCCUCUUGUGGAGGUCAUGGUUCUUGUGUUGAAGGAAACUGUGUCUGCUCUGUCGGCUACAAAGGAGAAAACUGUGAGGAAGUUGAUUGCUUGGAUCCAACCUGCUCCAAUCAAGGUGUUUGUGUGAAUGGAGAAUGUCUCUGUAGCCCGGGCUGGGGUGGCCUAAACUGUGAACUUCCCAGAGCCCAGUGUCCAGCCCAAUGUAGUGGGCAUGGGACAUACCUCUCUGACACAGGCCUCUGUAGCUGUGAUCCUAACUGGAUGGGUCCUGACUGCUCCGUUGAAGUGUGUUCCGUAGACUGUGGCACACAUGGGGUGUGUAUUGGUGGAGCAUGUCGGUGUGAAGAAGGCUGGACAGGAGUGGCCUGUGACCAGCGUGUGUGCCAUCCCCGCUGCACGGAACACGGAACCUGUAAAGAUGGGAAAUGUGAAUGCAGAGAGGGCUGGAAUGGGGAGCACUGCACCAUUGAUGGCUGCCCUGAUUUGUGCAAUGGCAAUGGGAGAUGCACGCUCGGUCAGAACAGCUGGCAGUGUGUCUGCCAGACCGGCUGGAGAGGGCCUGGAUGCAAUGUUGCCAUGGAAACCUCCUGUGCGGAUAACAAGGAUAAUGAGGGAGAUGGCCUCACUGACUGCCUGGAUCCAGAUUGCUGUCUCCAGUCCAUGUGUCAGAAUAGCCUGCUGUGCCGUGGUUCACGUGAUCCUCUUGACAUCAUACAACAGAGCCACUCUGGUUCUCCAACUGUGAAGUCAUUCUAUGAUCGAAUCAAGCUCUUAGUGGGGAAGGACAGCACUCACAUAAUUCCAGGAGAAAAUCCCUUCAACAGCAGUCUUGUGUCUCUUAUAAGAGGCCAAGUAGUGACUACAGAUGGGACUCCACUCGUUGGAGUCAAUGUGUCAUUUGUCAAGUAUCCAAAGUACGGCUACACCAUCACUCGUCAGGAUGGCACGUUUGACUUGAUUGCAAACGGUGGAGCUUCCCUAACUCUGCACUUUGAGCGAGCCCCAUUCAUGAGUCAGGAAAGGACGGUAUGGCUGCCAUGGAAUAGCUUCUACGCCAUGGAUACGCUAGCGAUGAAAACUGAGGAGAACUCCAUUCCCAGCUGUGACUUAAGUGGCUUUGUCCGUCCUGAUCCAGUCAUCAUUUCAUCACCACUUUCAACAUUCUUCAGUGAUGCUCCUGGUCGGAAUCCCAUAGUACCAGAAACCCAGGUUCUUCAUGAAGAAAUUGAGUUUCCUGGCUCCAAUAUAAAGCUCUGUUAUCUGAGUUCCCGUACUGCUGGAUACAAAUCUUUGCUCAAGAUCACCAUGACCCAAUCUCUUGUGCCUCUGAAUCUAGUUAAAGUUCAUCUGAUGGUAGCAGUGGAAGGGCAUCUGUUUCAAAAAUCAUUCCAGGCAUCCCCUAAUUUGGCAUAUACAUUUAUCUGGGACAAAACUGAUGCAUAUGGUCAGAAGGUUUAUGGGUUGUCAGAUGCUGUAGUUUCUGUGGGAUUUGAAUAUGAGACGUGCCCCAGCCUGAUCUUAUGGGAGAAGAGGACAGCGCUGCUGCAAGGCUUUGAACUAGAUCCCUCAAAUCUAGGGGGCUGGUCUUUGGAUAAACAUCAUGUUCUUAAUGUCAAGAGUGGUAUAUUGCAUAAAGGCAGUGGAGAGAAUCGGUUUCUAACUCAGCAGCCAGCCGUGAUUACCAGUAUUAUGGGGAACGGGCGCCGAAGGAGCAUCUCCUGUCCAAGUUGCAAUGGUCUCGCAGAAGGAAACAAGCUUUUGGCCCCUGUGGCACUUGCAGUGGGAAUUGAUGGAAGCCUCUUUGUUGGGGAUUUUAACUAUAUUCGGCGCAUCUUCCCAUCUAGGAAUGUCACCAGUAUUUUGGAAUUAAGAAAUAAAGAGUUUAAACAUAGCAACAAUCCUGCCCACAAAUACUACCUGGCUGUGGAUCCCGUUUCGGGUUCACUGUACGUAUCAGACACCAACAGCCGACGAAUUUACCGAGUCAAAACCCUCACUGGUGCAAAAGACCUGGCCGGUAACUCUGAAGUGGUGGCAGGGACUGGAGAGCAGUGUCUGCCAUUUGAUGAAGCCAGAUGUGGAGAUGGAGGGAAGGCAGUGGAUGCAACCCUAAUGAGCCCUCGAGGAAUUGCAGUGGAUAAGUAUGGGCUCAUGUAUUUUGUUGAUGCCACUAUGAUUCGGAAAGUUGAUCAGAAUGGAAUUAUAUCAACUCUGCUGGGCUCUAAUGACCUAACUGCUGUUCGACCACUAAGCUGUGAUUCCAGCAUGGAUGUCACCCAGGUGCGGCUGGAAUGGCCAACUGAUCUUGCUGUCAGUCCCAUGGAUAACUCGCUUUAUGUCCUGGAGAACAACGUCAUUUUACGAAUCACAGAAAACCACCAGGUUAGCAUCAUCGCUGGACGUCCCAUGCACUGUCAGGUUCCUGGGAUAGACUACUCCCUUAGCAAACUGGCCAUCCACUCUGCGCUGGAGUCAGCCAGUGCAAUUGCCAUCUCACACACAGGAGUCCUUUAUAUCAGUGAGACAGAUGAGAAAAAAAUUAAUCGACUACGCCAGGUAACCACCAAUGGAGAGAUCUGCCUCCUAGCUGGGGCAGCUUCAGACUGUGACUGCAAAAAUGAUGUCAACUGUAAUUGCUAUUCUGGGGAUGAUGCUUAUGCCACUGACGCCAUCUUAAACUCCCCAUCCUCCUUAGCUGUGGCACCAGAUGGCACUAUCUACAUAGCUGACCUUGGAAAUAUCCGCAUUAGGGCUGUUAGUAAAAACAGACCCGUUCUUAACUCUGUGAACCAAUACGAGGCAGCUUCUCCAGGAGAACAGGAGCUAUACAUCUUCAGUGCUGAUGGCAUCCACCAGUACACCCUCAGUCUUGUUACCGGAGAAUAUCUGUAUAAUUUCAGCUACAGCGCCGAUAACGAUGUCACAGAGGUGAUCGAUAGCAAUGGUAACUCCUUAAAAAUUCGUCGGGAUAACAAUGGAAUGCCACGCCAUUUACUGAUGCCCGACAAUCAGAUUGUCACACUGGCUGUCGGCACGAAUGGUGGACUCAAGGUAGUGUCUACUCAGACCCUGGAACUUGGAUUAAUGACUUACAAUGGAAAUAGUGGGCUCUUGGCAACAAAGAGUGAUGAAACAGGGUGGACGACCUUUUAUGACUAUGACCAUGAAGGACGCUUGACCAAUGUAACACGUCCCACCGGAGUGGUGACCAGCCUUCACCGGGAAAUGGAAAAAUCUAUUACCAUUGAUAUAGAGAAUUCCAACCGGGAUGAUGAUGUAACAGUCAUUACCAAUCUCUCCUCUGUGGAGGCUUCCUAUACAGUGGUUCAAGAUCAAGUGAGGAAUAGCUACCAGCUCUGUAAUAAUGGCACUUUGAGAGUGAUGUAUGCCAAUGGAAUGAGUAUUAGCUUCCACAGUGAACCUCACGUCCUGGCUGGUACUGUGACCCCUACUAUAGGACGAUGUAAUAUUUCCCUGCCAAUGGAAAAUGGCUUAAAUUCAAUUGAGUGGCGCCUGAGAAAAGAACAGAUAAAAGGCAAAGUGACGGUGUUCGGAAGAAAGCUCAGGGUAAGUGGAACUCACUGUUACAACAACAGUCUUUUGUCUUGUAUCUAG